AAUGCACCAGUUUUAUGAUAAAUUAUUCCUAUAAUGUAGAGAUCAAAAUUUGCAUUAGUUUUACUUGUUGUCUCAAUACUGCAAUCUUUGAGCUGAAUGUUCAUUACAGUUCCUAAAAGUUUGGUGUAAUAUGUUAGCCUUCCAUAUUUCAUAUGCAAGAACAUACAAUGCUCCCAGACAGCAAAAACUAAUCAUUUUCUAUACAACCUCACAUUUUCCUGAAAUGCGAGCAGCAACGUACACCUUCAUUAAUGUCUCUAUUCCUUUUCACAUAUUAUUUCCUCACAGGUUACCUUGCAACGCUUCAAGUGAACAAGUAAAUCUUACCAACACACAUCAAAGUUGCUGGUGAACGCAGCAGGCCAGGCAGCAUCUGUAGGAAGAGGUGCAGUCGACGUUUCAGGCCGAGACCCUUCGUCAGGACUCAGAAUUCCUGUUGUUUGCAAGAAGGCUGUGCCUCUGUUGACUCAUUAUCUGCUGACAAAACUGGAAAAAGCAGGUUCAUGGAAGCUCUCACCAGAUGGUUCUAUACAUUACAAGAAGCAACCAAAAUCUAGUUCCGACAUCAUUUUCUCUUCAUAUUAAUACGCACUGACAGUUCAGCAAGGAUCACAGCUGUUUUGACUUUUUGAAGCUGGAUACAGAGUCUCUGAAAGCCAGUGGAGCUAAAUGACUUCUCUGUUUAAACCUAUCAAGAAAUGGAGGGAUUCUGAGGAAGAUCCCUUGAUCAGACCAGUGACAGAUAAACUGAAUGCUCAGAGAAGAAAUGCUGGGGCUGAUUUGAUAAGAGUUAAGUACACUCAGAAGGAUCGAGAGAGACUGGCAUCACAUGAGAGUCUGGAUUAUUUGCCUUCUCACAGUGAAGUUUAUAAAAAAUGGCUGAGAGAAGAGCCUUACAGGUCAGACUGGGACCACUGGUUUAUGAUGGGAUUGAUUGGAAUAGCAGUUGGAAUCCUGGGUUUUUUUGUAUACCAGGCCAUUGACACAAUUAAUACAUUGAAAUGGAAGUUGGUUCUGCAUUAUAUCCAGAACAAUCAAUUUUUCCUCACGUGGAUCUAUGUCGUUGGAAUUGGAGCAGUAAUGGUCACACUGUCAUCUGGAGUGGUGCUGUUUCUUUGUCCAUUAGGAAUGCCAAGUGGCUUGCCUGAAGUGAUUGGAUUUCUGAAUGGUGCCUCAGUUCAAUACAUCUUUAACAUUAGAACACUGAUUGGGACCAUGGUGUCUUGUGUGUUAGCUGUAGCCUCUGGGCUUUUCUGUGGGCCAGAAGGACCAAUGAUUCAUAUGGGUUCAAUUUUAGGAAGUGGCCUGAGUCAGUUUAAAUCUGACACACUUGGAGUACAAUUGCCUUUCUUCACAAGGUUUCGGAACUGUGCUAACAGGAGAAACUUCAUUACUGCAGGGGCAGGAGCAGGGAUAGCCUCUGUGUUCCGAGCCCCUGUGGGUGGGCUGCUGUUCACUUUUGAAGAGGUGGCUUCUUUCUGGGAUAUCAAACUAGCCUGGCAGACCUUCUUCUGUUGUUUGAUGGCUGCAUUCACCACUGAUCUCCUCUCAUCCUCUUUCCAUGGAUUCACUUAUCAGGGCCAUUUUGGAUUCUUCAAGGCGGAAGAAAGUAUUUUAUUUGGGGUGAAAUAUUUGCUGGACAUGAACAUUUUGAUCUUCAUUCCAACCAUUAUCCUGGGAAUAAUAGGAGGUCUGCUGGGAGCAUUGUUUAUCUCAAUGAACAUAAGAGUCAACCAAUUUCGGAUAAAAUUCUAUAACUUAAUUAAGCAUCCAUUAAUCGGAAAGAUAAGCAAGCUCUUGGAGGCAAUCCUGAUUUUGGUAUUCACAAUUACAGCCACAGUCUACGUGCCUGCCCUCUUCCCGUGCACCCCGUUCACUCCCUACUGGCACUACGCACCGGAAAACGGGUCACUUUAUCAUAACAGCUCAACAAAAGUCACUCACCUCCUGAGUAAGACAGAGCCUUUCUACCUCUAUAACUGUCCUGAAGGAACAACAUGGAUUGGACCUGAUGGCAUUCAACAUUCAAAUUUUAGUUACAACCAAGCUGCUGCACUUUUGGUUGAAAAUGGAAAGAAUGGGAUUAUUUAUCUCUUCAGAAGAGGAACACACAAAGAAUUUGGAUUUGCUGCCCUCUUCACAGCCCUCGUUAUUUACUACUUGUUUUCUUGUUGGACAGCUGGUACUGCUAUGGCAUGUGGACUUGUCAUACCGAUGCUGUACACAGGAGCCUUAUAUGGCAGAAUAGUCGGCUUGAUCAUGGUGUCGAUAUUUGGUGUCCAAUCUGACCAAUAUGGAGCCUGGAUAGAUCCUGGUCUUUUUGCAGUAAUUGGAGCUGCCUCAUACUUCUGUGGAGUUUCAAGACUGACAAUAUCCCUCACUGCCAUCAUGGUGGAGCUAACCAAUGAUGUUCAGUCCUUGCUACCAACAAUGGUAGCUGUCAUGGUGGCCAGGAUGAUUGGAGACAUGUUCAACCAUUCAUUGUACAGUUCCCUACUGAAGCAAAAAUGUAUUCCAUUCUUGGAGCCAGAGCCAUGUGUCUUGUACCAUAAGAAACAGCUAAAUUUAGAGUUGUUUACAGCCAAAGACAUCAUGGAGCUUCAAGUAAAGGUCCUCCACCUGAAAGAAAAGGUGUCUGAACUGGCUGACCUUCUACUAGAGACAACCCAUGGUGGAUUUCCUGUGAUUUAUCGGCCGGCACAUGCCCAGGAGGAAGUAUUCAUAGGAAAUAUCACCAGGCUGGAACUCUACAGAAUCUUGGAAAAUGAGGAACUUUUUGAAACACAGAACAAAGAGAACUAUGACCAACAUGCUCAGCUGAGUUACCAUGAGAUUUCUAUCAAGUUGCAAAAUAUGACAAAGAUAAAUCUGCUCCUGAACAUGUACAGAACUGACAACCGAUAUAAGGACUACUAUAUCAACUUGAAACCAUACAUCAACCAGUCAGCCAUGACUGUCCAUGCUAAUUUUUCCCUUCAACGCACUUAUAUCAUUUUUCGAACAUUAGGACUUCGCCACUUGACUGUUGUUGACUUGCAAAAUCGUGUUCUUGGCAUCAUUACACGGAAAGAUCUAAUGGGAUUCCGAAUUGAGGAGAAACUGUUGGAAUCUAAGAAGUUGGAGAGUUUAUGAAAGAUAAAACUUAUGAUGGAAAUUUUCACUUAAUACUCGCUUGAAGUAGGGAAGUUGGCAACUGUUUCUGAGAGACACUUGACCAUUCCUAUCUUUCACCUUCUAUUCACCUUUAUUUACAGACUCAGUCAGCCUGCCACAACUUUUUAGAACAAAUAUUUUAUUUCACUUGGGGAGAGUAGCAUUGAAGCGUUUGCCAUAGCAUGUAAUGUCUCUUUACCACACUUUAAAAAAAUUACUAUUGAUUUUUUGUUUGUUCGUCAGUGGUGAAGGAUAGUAAUUAGCAACCAUCACCUGAAGUGCAGUUGCUCACAUCUUAGAAUCAUAGCUAUAGAACACUACAGCACAGAAACAGGUGCUUCAGCCAAUCUAGUCCAUGCUGAACCAUUAAUCUGCCUAGUUCCAUGCACUGCACCUGGAACAUAGCCCUCCAUAUCCAACUUUCUCUUAAAUGUUGAAAUCAAACCUGCAUCCACUGCUUGCACCGGUAACUCGUUCUACAAUUUAACCACCCUCUAAGUGAAGAACUUUCCCUUCAGGUUCCCCUUAAACUGUUUUACUUUUCACCCUUAACCCAUGACUUGUAGUUGUAGUCUCAUCCACCCUCAGUAGAAAAAUGCCUGCUGCAUUUACCCUAUCUAUAUCCCUCAUAAUUUUGUAUACUUCUGAUCAAAUCUUCCCUCAGACUUUCUCUGUCACUCAUGUCUUCAACUCCCAGCAACAUCAUUGUAAAUUUCCUCUGCAGCCUUUCAACCUAAUUUACAUCCUUCCAGAAGGUAGGUGACCAAAACUGCACACAAUGCUCCAAAUUAGGCCUCAUGAAUGUCUUGUACAAUAUCAAUAUAAUAUCACAACUCCUGUACUCAAUACAUUGAUUUAUGAAAGUCAAUGUGCCAAAAACUUUCUUUACGAGCCAAUCAACUUGUGAAGUCACUAACAAGGAAUUACAAUCCUGUAUUCCCAUAUCACUCUGUUCUAUCACACUCCUCAGUGUCCUACAACUCACCAUGUAAGACCUAGCUUGGUUGGUCCUCCCCAAAUGCAACAACUCAUACUAGUCUGCAUUAAAUCCCAUCUGCCAUUUUUCAGACCAUUUUUCCAGCUAGUCCAGGUCCUGCUUCAAACUUUGAUAGUCUUCUUCACUGGGCACUACACUCCUGGUCUUGGUGCCAUCCACAAAUUUGCAGAUCCAGUUUACCACAUUAUCAUACAGAUUGUUGAUAUAGAUGACAAACAACAAUGGAUACAGCACUGAUUCCUGUGGCAUGCCACUAGUCACAGGCCUCCAGUCAGAGAGACAACCACUUACUACCACUCUCUGGAUUCUUCCACAAAGCCGAUGUCUGAUACAAUUUACUAGCUUAUAAUGAAUACCAAGUGACUGAAACUCCUUGACCAACCUCCCAUGCGGACCUUGUCAAAGACAAUUUCCAUCGCCUUGCCUUCAUCAACUUUCCUGGUAACUUCCUUGAAAAACCCUUUUAAGUUUCAUUAUACACGACCUACCAUGCACAAAGCUAUGUUGACUAUUCCUAAGUCCCUGUCUAUCCAAAUACUUAUAUAUCCAGUCCCUUAGAGUAGCAGCCAAUACCUUUCUCACUACUGAUGUCAGGCUCAUUUGCACCUCUAAAUCCUGCGGACUAUUGCGUGGUCUAUGUUAUAAUCCCAUUAAUGUGGUCAUACAUUUCAUAUUCCUCAGUUCUACGCAUAAGUCCUCACUAGACGAGCUCUCCAGUCUAUCCUAACUGAGCAGUGCAAUGACAUUUUUUCUGGCUAGAAAUGCCACCCCUCCCCCUUUUAUCCCUCCUGCUCCGUCACAUGUAAAACAGUGGAAACUCAGAACACUGAGCUGCCAUUCCUGCCCCUCUUCAAACUAAGUCUUUACAAUGUCAUAAUUCCAUGUGUUGAUCCAUGCCCUUAGCUCAGCCACCUUUCCUACAGUUGUCCUGGCAUUGAAUUAUAUGCAGCUCAGAACAUUAGCCCCACCAUGCUCAACCUUUCAUUUCCUGACUUUGUAUCUAGGCUUAACAGCAUCUUUCUCCACAACCACUCCACCACCUGUUAUGGCACUUUGGUUCCUAUCCCCCCAGCAACUUCAGUUUAAACCACCUCCCCGUGCAGCAUUCGCGAACCUUCCUGCUGGGAUAUUAGUCCUCUCCAGUUCAGGUGCAACCUCCUCUUACACAAAUCCCACCUUCAUUAGAAGAGAGCCCAGUGAUCCAAAAAUCUGAAGCCUCCCUACUUCACCAUCUCCUCAGCUAUGUGUUAAACUGUAUGAUCUUCACACUUCUGUCUUCACUUGACCGUGGUACUGGUAGUAAUCCUGAGAUCACAACCCUAGAGGUCCUGUCCUUCAACUUAGCACCUCACUCCCUGAAUUCACUUUGCAGGACCUUGUCAUUGCUCCUACCCAUGUCAUUGGUACCGACAUGGGCCACAAGCUUUGGCUGCUCACCUACUUGAGGACUUGAUUUGAGAUGUCCUGGACCCUGGCACCCAGGAGGCAACAUACCAUCCUGGAAUCUUGUUAUUGUCCACAGAACUUCCUGUCUGUUCCCCAACCAACAAAUCUCCUAUCAUUACAGCUCGACUUUUCUCCCUCCCUUCCCUUCUGAUUCACUGAGCCAGACUCCGUGUGACCACUGUGCCUUUCCUUUGCUAGGUUAUGCCCCCAUCCUCAACAAUAUCCAAAGUGGUAUACCUGUUAUUGAGUGGAAUGGGACGGGGUACACUGCGCUGGCUGUCCAUUCCCUUUCCCCUCCCUGAUGGUCACCCAGUUACCUGUGUUCAGCACCUUGGGUGUAACUACCUCUCUAAAUGUCCUGUCUAUCAACCUCUCAAGCCUCCUGAAUGAUCUAGAGUUCAUUCAGUUGAUGCUCCAACUCCUUAAUGCAGUCUAUUAGAAGCUGCAGCUGGAUGUUUGCAGGUGAAGACUUCUGGGACACUGGAGGUCUCCUGCUUUCUCACAUCCUACAAGAGGAGCAUCCUAAUCUCCUGCCUGGCAUCCCCACUGCUUUAACUGUCCAAUAAAAAAGAAAGAAAGAAUAAACCAUGAAAAAAAUCUGCCUACAAUCUAUCUUAGAACUUCCCAGUUUGACUGUAGUAAGUUACUACUUUUGUUGAUGAAUUAAACAGUGAUCAGAUAUAGAUUAAUAAUAAAUAUUAAUGUUUUUAAU